AGAGCCAUGGGGGACACGGGGGGGACAUGAGGGACACGGGUGACACGGGGGGACACGGGGGGACACGGGGCCGGGGGUGCCAUGAGGGAGCGGGAGGCGUCCCGCUGGGGCCAGCGCAUCCCCGGCGGCCGCGCUGACGUCGGAGGGCCGGGCGGUGACGUCACGGCGGCGGUGGCGGGCGGUGACGUCACGGCGGCGGGAUGAGUCACGGUGCCGUGAUGCGGCUCCCGGGCACGCAGGGCCCCCCCGCGCCCGCCCCCGGCGACAGCGGCGACAGCGGCAGCGGGGACAGCGGCGCGCGGCCCCGGCUCCCGCCCGGGAAGCCACGGAACCCGGCCGCCCCCCUUUUUCCGCCUCCUCCUGCCGGGGGGGCCCCGGCGGAGCCCCCCGCGCCCGUCCGGGCGGGACGGCGGCUCUGGCGCGCUGCUGCGCUGCUUCCCCUGCGAGCGGCUGUGCGGGGGCUGCGCCGUGCCCCGCCGGGGCGCUGCCCCCCGGCCAUGCCGCCCCCGGGGCCCCGCCGCCUGCCCGCCGCCGCCGCCGGGGCCCGCCUGCCGCCGCGCACCUUCCGCAGCUACCUGCCGCGCUCGCACCGCACCUACAGCUGCGUGCACUGCCGGGCGCACCUGGCCCGCCACGAGGAGCUCAUCUCCAAGUCCUUCCAGGGCAGCCACGGCCGUGCCUACCUCUUCAACUCCGUGGUGAACGUGGGCUGCGGCCCCGGCCGAGCAGGCGCCUGCUGCUCACGGGGCUGCACUCGGUGGCCGACAUCUUCUGCCAGAGCUGCAAGACCACCCUGGGCUGGAAAUACGUGA